AUGCCAAAAGACUUGGAGUUGCGGAAAAUGGUUCCUGAAGCUACCAACCUGGAUACAAAUACAUUUCUGAAAACGCCGUCCAAAAGUAAAGGAGAGAGCAUUCGGGACUACUUCUUCCACAACCAUCCUGAAUACACCACAGGAGACACCGGGGACGUCUCCUGCGAUUCUUACCACAAGUACCAGGAGGACGUGCAGAUGCUGAGGGCACUCAAAGCGAACGUAUACCGAUUUUUGAUUUCAUGGGCACGUGUGUUGCCCACCGGUGAUCUCGACGUUAUCAACCAGGGUGGUAUCGACUACUACAACAACCUCAUCAACGAGCUACUCGCCAACGGAAUUCAGCCUCUGGUAACAAUGUACCACUGGGACCUUCCGCAAGCAUUGCAGUACAUCGGAGGCUGGUCCAACGGGUUGCUGGUCGACUACUUCGUUGAAUACGCCAGGACACUGUUCGAAAAUUUUGGAGACAGGGUGAAAUGGUGGAUCAAAAUCAAUGCUCCAGCUGGUUUGGUAAACGGCUACGCGGUGAACGAAGUCGCCCCCUCUCAGCCAGCAUCGGGCAUCGGAGACUACCUGGCAACACACACCGCCAUCAAAGCUCACGCACGGGUCUGGCACCAGUACGACGAACAGACAGAGCCUCGCAGAACGGGAUACCUAGGAGCUGUACUAGAGGCGAUAUACACAGACGGUGUUCCGGUUAUCGGACACUUGGCAUGGAGUCUCAUGGACACCCUGGAAUGGAACGCGGGAUUCACAGCUAAGUACGGGCUGUACGAGGUGGAUUUCAACAGUCCAAACCGAACGAGGACGCCCAAGGAUUCAGCUGUAUUCAUGGCGGAAGUUCUACUGCUUAUUACUAGGCUCAUAGCAGCAAGCAACGGCCGACAAGUAACGAGAGGAAAUUGGCUGAAAAUGUGA